AUGCAGCUCUCCACGCUUCUCCUCGGCGCCUUUGCCCUCACAGCUUCGGCCCUGCCCAGCCCCCCAGCAGCCAGGAAGCGUGACUUUACAUACCACUCGACCAUUUCCGACCCGGGCUUUUACGCCGUCUCGUUCCCUCCCGACUACCACGAGGAUCAGAUCCUGCAGUGGAACCAGCUGCCGACGAGCAAUGGGUCCACGUCGGCCCUGAUUGCCCGCUUCCCCGCCGGCUUUGCCGUCACGCAGACCGGCCCGGCCAAGAUCAACGUCUACACCCGGACGUCGGGCGGCAUCGGCACCUACCUCGGUACCGUGGGGCCCCUGUCGGUGGACAGCACGGGAGUCGUGGCCGAGGCCGUCGACGUCGUUGUCGCCGAGCUGACUCUGGCCGAGGGUUACACUUUUGAGUUUCAGAUUGACAGCGAGGACGAGAAUGCCAGCUUGCAGUUCUUUGAGAAUGACGAUGCGGGUUUCUUCUUGCGCACCGGCAGUGCCUAA